UCUGGUUUGUAUGAUUAUUCGUGCAUUUUGCAUGUGUAUAUUUAUCUAAUGAUUUCUCUCGUUUAUAUAAAGAAUGUCAUAAAAACAAAGAUAUAUACUAGAAGAUAUGUUUUGCAUAAGAUAUUAUAACAGUCAUAUGCAUUUAAUAGAAUAUAUGAUCUCACCAUAUAAAAGACUGGCUGAUUAUGUACUUUGACCCUAGCUUGCUAAAUUAAAGCUUCAAUCGUAAAUACUAUUUCUUCAGUGUCGUUAAGGUCUCCUAGCCAAUUACAUCAUGUCCGACACCGUAAGCCCAGUUAAAUAUUUUUUAAGUGGAGGUUUUGGCGGAGUAUGUACAGUAUUGGCAGGUCACCCUUUGGACACCAUUAAAGUACGGCUACAAACAAUGACUGUACCAGGACCUAAUGAAUUGCCUCUGUAUUCUGGUACAUGGGAUUGUGCUAAAAAAACUGUCUCCAAAGAAGGAGUACGUGGCUUAUAUAAGGGUAUGGCUGCACCGUUAUGUGGUGUUGCGCCAAUAUUUGCAAUAAGUUUUUUUGGAUAUGGUGUUGGUAAAAGACUGCAACAGAGCUCUCUAGAUGAGAAGCUCAUGACAAUACAAUUAUUUUAUGCUGGCGCUUUUAGCGGAAUAUUUACGACUGUUAUAAUGGCACCUGGAGAACGUAUUAAAUGUCUAUUACAAAUACAACAUGCAGAUGCUAAACCAAAAUAUAAAGGACCUCUAGAUUGCGCAAAACAAUUAUAUCGAGAAGGAGGCAUCAAAAGUAUAUACAAGGGCACAUGUGCUACAUUAUUAAGAGAUAUCCCAGCCAGUGGUAUGUACUUCAUGUCGUAUGAAUAUCUGAAAGAACAAUUCACUCCUGAAGGAGGGAAACUUAGUCUACUGGCUACUAUAGCAGCUGGUGGUUUUGCAGGCAUUGCGAAUUGGUUGGUGGGAAUGCCACCCGAUAUCUUAAAAAGUCGUCUACAAACUGCGCCAGAAGGCACGUACAAAAAAGGAAUACGUGAAGUAUUUGUUAAAUUGAUGAAAAACGAAGGACCUGCAGCACUUUAUAAAGGUGUCGUACCGGUAAUGUUACGAGCCUUUCCCGCGAAUGCAGCUUGUUUUAUGGGCUUUGAAGUUGCGAUGAAGUUUUUAAACUGGAUCGUACCAGGAUUAUAACUACUAUAUAUAUGUGCAUAGAAAUCGCGCGUAAUGCAGUCACAGAAUGUGUAGAAGACACGUCUUGCUAUGUUAUGUCUAUCGUCUUUUUUACUUUGCCACGCGUAUUCCAUGAAUAUAAAUUAAUUCUUUACCGUGGCAGAAAUAAAUUAUCUAAAUUUGUAUUUGUUUCAAAAUAAUCACAAGUGGAGUUCAAAAAGACGACAUAUAAUCGCAAGGUAUUAAGAAUUUAAGAAGUGAAAUAGGAAUCUUAGGCCUGGUUGCACUAACGUUAUUUUCGUUUUAAGUGAGACUUAAAUUAUAUGUCUGUCUUCAUUUAUUUAAAAAGAAAAAGAUAAAUAUAUGUUUAAGUUUUGUUUAAAGCCAAAACAAUGUUGCAACUAGAUCUUAUUAUGCCUAAAAAAGAUAUAUAUUCAAGUUUUUUUACAAUUCAAUCGUACAGAAUUGUUUAACAAACAAACAAAUGAAAGUAAACCAUCAGGGAAUAGGUAUAAUGUUCAUGAUAAAUAUAGUAUUUGUUUUAUUUGGGAUAUAUAUAUAUAUAUAUAUAUAUAUAUAUAUAUAUAUUUUAUAAAGUUUUAAAUUAUAUACAGGGCCGUCGAGAUAAAUCUGGAAACACCAUGUAAAUAAAACAUAAUUAAAAUACAAUGAAAGCAUGAAUAUAUUCGUAUGUAAGUAUCAACGAAUAUAAAAGAAUGAAACUAUGCAAUGUAGCCUCUAUCAGCUUCUACGACCUUCUCGAGCCUGGAUCUAAACCGGCUGUAGACAUACUUAACUUCUUUCUUGUCCAAAUGUGUCAUCACCUUCAUGAUGGCGGACUUCAGAGCAUCUUUGAUGUUGUGAUGUUUUGCAUUGACCUUUGCCUCGAUCACGCCUCAUACGUAAUAGUACAAGGGGGUUGCAAUCACUAUUAGAGGGAGGCCAUAAGUCGGGGGACCAGCGGUAGGGCAAAUUGUUGUAAAGCCAGGCCUGAGUUUUCUUUGCCUUGUGAGCUGGUGCCGAGUCCUGCUCGAACAUAUAUUCCUUUCCAACGGCUAUUUCAUCUAUCCAGGACUUUACAACCGUCUCUAGCACGUUAAUGUAACUGUCGGCUUUCAAAUCCUCCUCGACGAAGAGAUACCAUGAUGUCAUCAGAUCGCUUUUUGUGUAUUGUCCGAUCAGUAGUAACCUUCUCUUUCUUGUUAGACUCUCUGAACUUUUUGGCUAUGGCAUAAACUUGCCAUAGCCAACCACCUACAAAAAGACCUGGCGUCUUUUUGUAGUCAAACCAUGCGAUUAUUUUCGUAAUUUGCUGGUGCGAAGCGUUUAUUAUCGUCUUCCGCUCAUAUUCUCAGCUCACUACUGGUUGUUAAUUGCUCGGUGAUUGUCUCUUGAAUGAUCUUGUCGUGACGUGCCACAAACGCGUUAUGCAUUCAAAAUCGGCGCUGACGUCGUUGCUAUAAGUAAACAAGUUAAAUUUCUGGAUUUAUCUCGAUGACCUUGUGUAUAUAUAUAUAUAUAUAUAUAUAUAUACAUACAUACAUACAUACUAAGUUCCAUUUAUAAACAUAUCAUAUGUUACAAUGUGAUAACGAUUAUAUUCCUGAAAAGUAAUUUGUCGAAGAUUAUAUAUAUAUAUGUAUAUAUAUAUAUAUUCCACACAAUUAUAGAAAAUAUAUAUAAACUUUAAUACUGAAUAAACAUAUAUAUUGUA